AUGUUGCGAUGUUGGAGGACUUUUCCAUUUACUUGCAAUGCCAACGGUUUAUCUUCUAGAAUGGCGUCCCGACUGCUUCAGAGACGCGGUGUUUCACUGGUUGGGCCGGCGAAGAGCACCUUCUUUGCGCUUUACAACGCCCAGAAGCAGGGCAUGUGUGUGAGUGCCUGCCGUUGCCCCGGCCGUGCGUUCUCUAGCACUCCGAACAUACCAGAACAAAAAAACACGGGCGAUUACCUUGCCGGCUUCCGUGAGGGUCAGACAUACAAGGGGAAGGGGGAAAAGGGGGGAAAGGGGGAAAAAAAGAG